AACUAGUGGUAUAAAACACGUGAGGCCAUACCGACCGCUCAAAGUCGCAUAUACCUCGUUAACCUGACAGCUUGCGGUCUGCCUCCGCACAGACAAUACAGAGGCAGCACAUUUAGAUGACAGAAAAACAGGAGACACAUGACAAGCUGUGGGACGAGUUCAACCUUCUGGACUGAGCACGAGAAUGCAAAAGAAAAGUGUGUUUGAUUCUCCAGAGCUGGAUAAAUGUCAUACAUGCGGGAUAGUUUCUGCUGCUCGGGACUUUUGAGCUGAGUUGUGUCUAAUGGGCGAACACACACUUGGAUUUCUGCUCAUAACAAAAGGGACUGCCACGAGAAAAGGCAUUAAGCGAGGAGUUUUCCAUCAUUAGUUCCCACAGGAGGCUGACACAAACACCAGCAGGGCUCAUCAGUGUGACUUGACGGCUGAUUGACACUGACCUUGGCAGUCCUCGCUUGUGAAUCUGCAACGUUUCUCAACUACCGAGCGAAGCAAAUGCAGAGAGAAAGAUGCAUUUGGGUAAGGCUUUACUGUUUGUCCUCCUCCUCAACUGCGCGACUCUGAGCUCGUCCCUGUCCACUUGUGCCACCGUGGAUAUCGACCAUGUGAAGAGGAAGAGGGUCGAGGCGAUACGGGGUCAGAUUUUGAGCAAACUCCGACUCACGAGUCCUCCGGACUCGCUCGGACCCAGUAAGAUCCCGUAUCAAAUCCAGGCUCUGUACAACAGCACCAAGGAGCUACUGGAGGAGCUCAGGAGGGAUCGGCAGCAAAGUUGCGGUCAGGACAACACAGAGACAGAGUACUAUGCCAAGGAGAUAUACAAAUUCAACAUGGUCUACGGGCCGCCAGAGAGCAACGAUCUGCUCUACUGCCCAAAAGGCAUCACCUCCAAGGUUUUCCGCUUCAACGUCUCCGCCAUGGAAAGGAACUCAACCAACCUCUUCAGAGCAGAGUUUCGAGCUCUGAGGGUGCCAAACUCAAGUUCCAAGAGGAAUGAACAGCGGAUUGAGCUCUACCAGAUCGUGAGGCCAAACGAACACAUUAGGAAGCAACGCUACCUUGCAGCCAAGAACGUGCUGACCAAAGGCACACCAGAGUGGGUCUCCUUCGAUGUGACUGAGACAGUGCGGGAAUGGCUGCUGAACAGAGCAACUAAUUUGGGUCUGGAGAUCAGUGUGCACUGUCCCUGCCACACCUUCAACCCCAACGGUGACAUCAUUGACAAUGAGAAUGAGGUGCUGGAGGUGAAGUUUAAAGGCGUGGAUGGAGAUGAGGAGCAGAGUCGCUGGGAUCUGGAUCACCUGAAGAAGAAAAAGGACCAGUACCUGCCUCACCUCAUCCUCAUGAUGAUCCCACCACACCGCCUGGACACUCAGUCCCCACGCCGACGCAAGAGAGCGCUGGACACAAACUACUGUUUCUCAAACACGGAGGAGAGCUGCUGUGUUCGCAAGCUCCACAUCGAUUUCCGGCGUGACUUGGACUGGAAGUGGAUCCAUGAGCCCAGUGGUUACGAUGCCAACUACUGCUCCGGGCCCUGCCCUUACCUGAGGAGCUCAGAUACAACACACAGCUCGCUGCUGAGCCUGUACAACACUCUGAAUCCGGAGGCAUCGGCCUCUCCCUGCUGCGUCCCCCAAGACCUGGAGCCCCUCACUAUACUCUACUACUCUGGACGGACCCCCAAAGUAGAGCAGCUCUCCAACAUGAUCGUCAAGUCUUGCAAGUGUAGCUGAGUGGACGUGAAAGGCGAGGCAGCACGGCAGGAUUUUACUCGGUACUGACGAAAAACCCAUGCUCGUUGACUUUUGGACUCUUAGCUGUGACAAAUAAAGACCCUGUAAACAAAGACCCUGUGGCCUCAUGGCUUAGAUCUGAACACCACUCUGGAGGUCACACCUUUUUUUGAGGAUGCAGAUUUUCUUAAAAACUUGAGGUCAUCAUUUUCCCCUCUCCCACUCUGGAUGACAGGUAGUUAUUUUCAUUUUAAAAAGCCCAAAACAAAUUUCAUAUAAUAUUUUCUUCUAGAUUUGUAAAGGUGGACAACACACUCCCAUAGCUAGAUUACAGAGAGCCAUGUACAAAUAUAUCUGUGACAAAAUGGGAGCUGCUUCAUGGACAAUGAAUGAACAUAUUUUGUGGUGUGUUUUCUGCUUGAGAGUUCAAGCAAAUAUUCCACAAAGUUAUAGUCUCUACAUUGUCAGUAGAGCAGCUUUUCUGUCUCUAGCCUUAGGAUGAUAAUAUUAAUAGUCACAAAUAUAGAUUGUGGUUGAAGAGUUCUUUCAGGCUGGAUUUUACCUUUGCCUUAAGUUCCCUUCCAUUCAAACAGUGGACAUUAUCUUCAAACACAAAAGGAGAAAGGACAGACUCGCUGCUGUAUCCAAAGCCAUAGCUGUGGUCAGGGAAAAGGAGAGCUGAGAGAAUGCCUGCUGGAUUUGCAAUGGAAAGUGAAUGAACAAAGAAGUUGAGCCAAGCUUUUCUUUUUGGCCAGCCAGCAGCAAUGGCCUUUUUUUUUUUUUUUUUUU